AGACUCAGAGCUCAACUACUCACUCCCCCCUUCCACUUAAACCCCCCGUCCCCUCCGUCGUGUUCCACCCACACAAACACGCACGCCAUUGCGCACCGAUGCCAGCUUACCUUCUUUGCUAGAUCCGUCCCCGCGCCACGCCGCCGUGCCUGCGAAAGAAGAUCCGACCGCGCUGACGGCCGAUUUUGAUCUGUGGUGGGAGAUCGAUGGAGAUGCAGUUCGCGGCCGUGCUCGCCUCGCUCGCCCUCGGCGGCGCGCUGCUGGUGCUCUUCUUCGGCAAGUGGUGGCAGCCGCUGGCCGACGCAGACAGGCGCGUCAAGGAGCUGGACGACGCCGUGGAGGCCCUGCUGCAGCUGCGGGCCGCCGUGCUGAAGCAGCUGGACGGCGCGCCGGAGUCGGAGCAGACGCGCGCGUGGCUGCGGCGCGCGCAGGAGGCGCAGGACGAGGUGGCGUCCAUCAAGGCGCGGCACGACGCGGGCCAGCUCUACGUCAUCCGCCUGCUGCAGUACUUCCUGGCCGCCGGCGCCGUCGCCGCAGGGGCGCUGGCCGAGAAGCAGCUCAAGAUCGUGCGCGCGAUCCAGGAGCAGGGCGCGGCGCUGCUGGAGGCCGCGCUGGCCACGCCGCAGGCGCCCCCGCCCUUGCUCCUCCAGCCCGAGGAGCUCGAGCUCCCGCUGCCCGCGACGACGGGCGCCACCAGAGCCCGCCUCAACGAGGCGCUCCGCUUCCUCGGCGACUGCGACGCCGCGCUCGGCGUCUGGGGCGCCGGCGGCGUGGGCAAGACCACGCUGCUGAAGCACGUCCGCGGCGUGUGCGGCCGCGUCGCGCCGUUCUUCGACCACGUCUUCCUCGUCGCGGCGUCCAGGGACUGCACGGUGGCGAAUCUCCAGAGGGAGGUCGUCGCCGUGCUCGGCCUGCGGGAAGCGCCGACCGAGCAGGCGCAGGCCGCCGGGAUCCUCAGCUUCCUCAGGGACAAGAGCUUCCUGCUCCUGCUGGACGGCGUGUGGGAGCGCCUCGACCUUGAGAGGGUCGGCAUCCCGCAGCCUUUCGGCGUGGUGGCGGGUCGGGUGAGGAAGGUGAUCGUGGCGUCCAGGAGCGAGACGGUGUGCGCUGACAUGGGCUGCCGCAAGAAGAUCAAGAUGGAGCGUUUGAACGAAGACGACGCGUGGAACCUAUUUGAAGGUAAUGUUGGCGAGGAGGCCGUCCGUUGGGACACGCAAAUUUCCACACUUGCGAGACAGGUGGCUGCAGAAUGCAAGGGCCUGCCUCUGUGCCUCGCCAUCGUCGGCCGCGCCAUGUCAAACAAACGUACACCAGAGGAGUGGAGCAAUGCGCUGGACAAGCUAAAAAAUCCGCAGCUCUCGAGCGGCAAGUCCGGCCCAGACGAAAGCACGCACGCCCUCGUGAAGUUCUGCUACGACAACCUGGAGAGCGACAUGGCGAGGGAGUGCAUGCUGACCUGCGCGCUCUGGCCGGAGGACCACAACAUCUCCAAGGACGAGCUCCUGCAGUGCUGGAUCGGCCUCGGCCUGCUCCCCAUUAAUCUCGCCGCCGGGAACGACGACGUCGAGGAGGCGCACCGGCUCGGGCACUCGGUGCUCUCCAUCCUGGAGUCCGCCCGCCUCCUGGAGCAGGGGGACAACCACCGGUACAACAUGUGCCCGUCCGACACGCACGUCCGGCUCCACGACGCCCUCCGCGACGCGGCGCUCCGGUUCGCGCCGGGCAAGUGGCUGGUCCGCGCUGGCGUCGGGCUCAGGGAGCCGCCCCGCGACGAGGCGCUGUGGCGCGACGCGCAGCGGGUGUCCCUGAUGCACAACGCCAUCGAGGAGGCCCCCGCGAAGGCGGCGGCGGCGGGCCUGUCGGACGCGCAGCCGGCGUCGCUGAUGCUGCAGUGCAACCGCGCCCUGCCGCGGAAGAUGCUCCAGGCGAUCCAGCACUUCACCAGGCUCACGUACCUGGACCUGGAGGACACCGGCAUCGUGGACGCGUUCCCCAUGGAGAUCUGCUGCCUGGUCAGCCUGGAGUACCUCAACCUGUCCAGGAACCGGAUACUGUCUCUGCCCAUGGAGCUGGGCAACCUGAGCGGGCUCAAGUAUCUCCACAUGCGGGACAACUACUACAUCCAGAUCACCAUACCCGCCGGGCUGAUCUCGCGGCUCGGGAAGCUGCAGGUCCUAGAGCUCUUCACGGCGAGCAUCGUCUCCGUGGCGGACGACUACGUCGCGCCGGUCAUCGACGACCUGGAGAGCAGCGGCGCUUCCGUGGCGUCGCUCGGCAUCUGGCUGGACAACACCCGCGACGUGCAGAGGCUGGCCAGUCUCGCGCCAGCAGGCGUGCGCGUCCGGUCGCUGCAUCUGCGGAAGCUGGCCGGCGCGCGGUCCCUUGAGCUGCUGUCGGCGCAGCACGCGGCGGAGCUCGGGGGCGUGCAGGAGCACCUGAGGGAGCUGGUCGUGUACUCGUCGGACGUCGUGGAGAUCGUGGCCGACGCGCACGCGCCGCGGCUGGAGGUGGUCAAGUUCGGGUUCCUCACGAGGCUCCACACCAUGGAGUGGUCGCACGGGGCGGCGUCGUGCCUCCGUGAGGUGGCCAUGGGCGCGUGCCACACCCUGACGCACAUCACCUGGGUGCAGCACCUCCCUUGCCUCGAGUCGCUCAACCUCAGCGGCUGCAACGGGAUGACGAGGCUGCUCGGCGGCGCCGCGGAAGGGGGCAGUGCGGCCGAGGAGCUCGUGACGUUCCCGCGGCUGAGGCUCCUCGCGCUGCUGGGGCUGGCGAAGCUGGAGGCCGUCCGCGACGGCGGCGGGGAGUGCGCGUUCCCGGAGCUGCGGCGGCUGCAGACGAGAGGGUGCUCGCGGCUGAGGCGCAUACCGAUGCGGCCGGCGAGCGGGCAGGGGAAGGUGAGGGUGGAGGCCGACAGACACUGGUGGAACGGGCUGCAGUGGGCGGGCGACGACGUCAAGUCCUGCUUUGUUCCCGUGCUGCUCUGAGACUGAGAGCGAUGGUGGUUGCUGCUGCUAAGCUCACGCUCACGCAGUUUCGAGUUUUGGCGCGUCUUGGUCUGUUUGAAGAUGAUAAAUAAGCUCGGAUGCAUGGUAGGAAAUGGACAACCGAACAAAGCAUACAUGAUUUUCUUUUGAAGUUUAAGUUUUUGGAGUUUACCUUGAGAUAGCAAGAAGGAAUUUGUUUUUUUGGCUUUUAAAUUUCUUCAUAGCUAGUUUUAGCCAUUCAUUUUAAUUACCUUCAACAUCUAUAAUUCAAAACAGAAUCUAGUGCAUGCACAUCUCUGUAUGUGCAAUAAAGGUGUGAGAAAAAUUGGCAAGGAGCACGAGGGUAGAUGAGCUAACGAAAUCAUUUUAAUUAGUUUAUGUAUGUCAGUUAAUUCGGAACGGAGGGAGUAGUUCUAUCAAGUUUUAUU